AUGUCACCUGCUGAAAAGCCACCAAAAUUUGGAGGAUGUUGGACCAAGUGGUACCAGAAGAUGUUGUUCUACUUGACAACAUUGCACGUCGCCAAAUUUCUCGCGGAAAAUGGGCCGCCCGCGCCAAGUGAUCAAGAGACGAGGCUCGAGAUCAUGGCAGACUAUGAAGCAUGGCGCAAAGGAGAUUAUCUUUGUAAAAAUUUCACUCUAAGUGCUUUAGAUGAUAGUUUGUACAAUGUAUACUCCGUUUUAACCACAUCCAAAGAGAUGUGGGAAAACCUAGAAAAGAAGUACAGUAUCGACAAUGUUGCAGGUACAGAACAUGUUGUAGUAUCCAAAUUUAUGGACUACAAAAUGGUCGACUCUCGACCAGUCAUGGAACAAGUUCAAGAGUUCCAAAUGAUCAUCCACGGACUCGUGCUUGAAGGGAUGACUUUGCCCGACAACUUUGUACGGUGCAUACUCAUUGAGAAGCUUCCUCCUAGCUGGAAGGACUUCAAGCUCUACCUCAAGCACAAGCGAAAGAGGAUGACACUUGAAGACUUGAUCGUGAAACUGCGCAUCGAGGCCGAUGUGCGCAAAAGUGAUCAGAAGGUUAAGGUUCACUUGAGGCCAAAGCCAACUUGUUGGAGCGGGACGGUCCCUCCAACAAACGGUCUUGCCCAAAUCAGAAGGACAAAGGGAAUGGGAAACAGCCUGCAAAGAAAUUUGAAGGCGAGUGCCAAAGAAGUGUGGCAAAAUUUGGCCACUUUGCCAAAGACUGUCGUAGCAAGAAGAAGAAGCCUUGAGAACGAGUUCAAGGACUGGGAUGAAGGUGACCUCGUUGUCGUGGUCACCGAAGAAGUGAACCUUUUGGAUAACAAGGGUGGUUGGUACAUUGACACCGGCGUUACUGCUCAUGUCUGCUCCAACAGAAGCAAGUUUGCCUCCUACAUUCUUGUGGAAGGGAGGAAGAUCAAUAUGGGGAAUCAAGCAUUGUCCGACGUACUCGGCAUCAGAAAUGUGAUUCUCAUGAUGACGUCCGGCGUCACAAUUACUUUGAAGGUUGUGUUGCAUGUCCCGGACAUCCGCAAGAACCUAGUGUCAAGAUCAAUACUAGUUAAUAGGGGGUUUAAACUUGUAUUUGAGUCCGAUAGGUUGUGUAACCGAUUGACUUUUCAAGCUUAG